CUUAAACAACGUAUAGUACUUGUGUUUUAAAAAAGAGUGAAGGUUUAGUCCUGGUCUGGUAAGGAGUGCUACUUCUCAAUGCGUUAUGAGCCCGCCCCGUCUUUAGGACAGUCAUGUGUUCGUGCUAUGUCCGCUGUGUUUUCGUGUGCAAGUGCGUGUAAUGAUCAAACCAAAAUGGUAGUAGGGUGACAGUAGCCUGUGAUCAAAGAUAUAGUGUAUCUAAGUAACUGUACUAAGCACAGCAGAAGCACUAAGUUAGGGGAAAAUAAUGAACAGCCUGUACAGUUUCCGAUAAAACCAUUAGAAGGUGAAUAUUAAUUAAUGGAAAUAACAACUUUUGUGAAAGUUGAAGGGGAGUAUAUCAGAACACGCUGUAAUCUGUUCUGAUACAAUGGGUUUAAAACUGACUACGCAACAAAACAAAAAAACAAUUGAAGAACAUGCCAAUGCUGAGUAUCAACAUGAAAAUAAAAGAAGUGAGAAUAAAAUCAAAGAAUGCUCCGAUGUUACCAAUGAUCAUUGGAAUAUUAAAUCAGAAAAUCAUGUUUUCACAGACCAGACUUAUGUCCAAUUAAAGGAUACUGAUAUACCACUUUUUGGAAAUCAUGAAACGCAGGAGUCAGAAGAUGGAGAAGCUGAUCUACACAAAUAUCUUGUUGGUUGUAAGAAGAAUCCCGGUCAUAGACAGUUUAUCCCUGUUGAUACAUUCAACUUGAAACAUUUACCUGAAGGUCUUCAAGACAAUGAUUUGUAUGAAUACAUCAAAGUUACAGCUGACAUGACAGUCAGAGUAAGUGUUCAAGUGACUAGUCCACACAGACCUAAGUUUUGGCUAGAGACGACGCAACCAUAUCCAUUUUAUAACAGAAGUGACACAAGAAAUUUGAGGACAGGAAGUGGAUGGGUGUGUGAUGUAGAAGAGUAUCAAAAUGGAGUCUGGCAAGAUGGUUAUGGAGGUACUGACUACAAAAAGUGUUGGUGUAGACCAUGUAAAGAUUCAGACUCACCCAGCAAUGUGUGGUGGGAAUUUUAUGUGUACACAGCCACACAUGUGGUUUUUGAUGAAAUUGAGGCAAGCCACACAACAUUGAGAUUUUUUUAUAAUAGUGAUGAUAGUCCUAUGGUCACUGUUGAUAACGUUAUUGCUCAUUAUGUAGACAUUGAGUCUGACCGCUGUAUUUUGAAAUGUGUGACAUGUGACAAACAUUUAGGAAAUAGAUUGAAAGCAGAUUGUAAGCAAUAUUGGCAUGUCAAGGAAAACUUAUACGACAAAUAUUGCAACACUAGAUCUAAACACAAAUUCAACUUUAUAGUGUCACAUCCUCAUGGAUGCUCUAAACAGCUCAGUGUUGGUCAAUGGAAGGACCUACACAAUGGUGGUCAUAAUAAGACAAAGUUUACAUAUACAACUUGUACAUGUCCAGGAAGUAGUGGAGCUCGCGUCCAUAGUUUGGGAUGGAAAGACUGGGGGUCUGCUCAUGUUCACAGCGGAAGUUUAAAACCUGGACUAAAUUGCAGUUCAGAAGGUGGUGUCAUGUAAGUUAUUUCACUUGUGAGUGGAAAUCACCCACUAAAUUGAACACGUUUUUAUGUUUAUAUCAAUUUACAUUCUUUAUAUUGAAACUAGCAAGACAAGUGGAAAGAUGUAACUUACAUUUUUAAUAAAAUCUGAGACGUUUUUUUUUUUAUUUUCACUUAGUACAGUGCAAUUACGGAUUUUCACUAAAUCUUAAUUUCUAGUUUCUCAAUAAUCAUUACAACCAUUCAAACGACUUUAAUUCACUCAUCCAAAAAAGGCAGGAAAAGCUUUAAACUUCCAAAGAAAAUUAAGCAAAGACAAGUUUUAGUUUUGAUUCUGCAUCACAAAAUUUUAUAAAAUUAUAAAAGUUUAGGUCAAUAAAAGUAAGUGAUGGCGAUUUACCGCUGACAAAAGCUGAUACCUUAUUGUUGCCUUUUUUAAGAUGUUAAUCUAUGUUGUUAAAUUUUAGAAUACAGAGAAACCUUACAACACUGAGACUUAGUUGCUGCAAAGUAUCUGUACGCGUCAUAUUUUUGGUGUAUUUAAGUUCACAUUUUAAUGGAAAGAAAUGUUGACAAUUAGUUUAAAUGUAAAGAAACGACAUCCCAAUAACUCAUAAAAGUAUUGAAACUUAAACUUUGUGGAGAAAUGGUAGAAUCACAUAAUUAGCAGAAUAGAGGAAAAAAGUUUUAAAGUUUGAUUCAGCAUUUUUAUAACUAAAGUGAAGAUUAGGCAACUAAAAAUUACCCACUACUUUCAAAUAUCAAUCUUCUAAUUGUUGGGAGAACGUCUUUAACAUGAGUUACAGUGUUUAGCUUUACAGGAACGGAUUAAGCUUUUAAAGACAAAAUUCUGCUAUUAGGCAUGUUCUCUUUUAGGAAUGUAUACAUUGGUUUGUUAUACCAUUUUCUGCCUUUAAUUUAAAGAAACGAAUAUUAACCUCAAACCUACUGACGGAUUUAAGAGAAAUGUUAAGUACAACUGUGUCAACGAUUUUGAAAUGGGACAGUAUGAAACGCAAACCACUUAUAAACAAAUAGCUCAAUACUUUUUUUUUUACAAAACAGCAUUGCAAUAUGAAUACAAAUACAUGGCUGGUGUGACAGGUUGGGGAAAGUGACGUGUAUUUGGCGCGUUUAAUGUCUAGGGGAUGAUUAUUUUUGAGAUUAUCACACACAACAUAUAAAUCGGGAGCAGGCCCGCAACGAGACAAGCAAUGAAAGAAAGAUACAAAGGUAAAAAUGAAGAAUAUUUACAUAAAUAUUUACAUAAAAGAAUAAAAAGGGGGAGGGUUUGCAUCUAUCUCUGAUUCAUACUAAUUUUGAUCAUCACUCUUGCACUGAAUAAAAGAGUAUGUCACUUUGUCUUCUGAACUUAGCUGGUUGUCCUGUUGAUGUCGCAGCUGGCUGUGUCCUGGCUUGAGGUUCUGCAGCUGAAGGGGGCGCUCUAGUGGAUAGAGGGACGCCGGUGAUUCAGUUCUUGUGGAGUCUCAAUCCAAAGCUCUGAUAUCUGUAGUGGGCACAGUAGGGCGGGUGGCCGGCUACCGUGGGCACAAGGUUAAUGCGGGCAGACCUGAUCUGCCGUGGGCAGCGUAAGGAGCAGGAUUUGUCCAGUGAGUUGCAGAGGGUUUGGCGCAGCUAUGUCGUCUCGCACAGAUCUGGGUCUAUAGGGACGUCGCACCUAAUAAGUUGACAGCUGGGCAGUCGAAUAGGCGGGCAAGGCCGAUAGCGCCAAGUAGUAGAGUUGAGUAGAUCCACGUAGGUGGUAGAGGGUACUCAAUGGCAAGUGGGCAAGUGAUCCGAUAAAUAGGCAGAUAAAUAAAAAUCCAAAUAAAAUAGUUGCGUAGAUCUCAGUAGGCAAGUGCAGUGCUGAAUAGCACUAAGCACAAAGGCAGACACCUGAGGGAGGCUGCGGAUAAAUAAAGACAAGUUAGGACAUGUCUCUCAUGCAUCUUAUCGAUGCCUUCGACGGAGGUGCAUUUGUCAGAUUGGUAAAAUUGCUUUAGAGCACAAUGUGGAGAUGAUGACAAAUGGGAUUUGGAAAAUAGAUGUCAGAUAGUAGCAAUAUAGAAAUGUACAUAAAAGGGAAAGUAAUAAUCUCAAAUAAACACCAUAAGUUAAAAGAGAAAGGGGGGGGAAUGGGCGGUGAUCAGCGAUCAUGACGGUUUGUUUACAUACGACCGUCGGCCGAGAACAAUGGAGUGUUCGAAUGGGGAGAGUAUCCGUUCAAGGGGCACAACUCUCGCCAAAGUAGAAUCACUAAAGGGGAGAUAACUCAUAUAUCUCCUCUAAACGCAGCAUUAGUGCGCUAGUAAGAUUAUCAAGGCGGUCAGCCAAGAUAAAGGAAAUAAAAUAAGAUGUACAAAUACAUACAUGGUUGCAUCAACGAUCAAUUGAGCACUCGUAGCAUUAAUAGAUAAAUGCAAUACAUAAAUAAAUACAUAUGCCAUGUUUUUGUUUUCUACUUACGACAGUGAGAAAUACACGAUGCACUAAUUAAAUAUAAAUGAAAUAAUAAAAUACACAUGAUAAUAUUCAGUGAGGAAUAUUCACAAAGUAAUUAAGAUGAAACUUGUGAUUAAGUUCGGCUUACCACCAGAUAUUCCUCUAGGAGUAAGAAUAAAUGAAGUAGUCCAGACUCGAUUGACAGCGAUAGAGAAAUAAGCGGGUCUGGUUGAUUUAAUCUACCUUAUAUAUAGGCCUGGAAAAUGUGGGCGGAAACAGGAAAUGUCCUAGGCUGAAAAAUUGUCUUACACGUUGGUGAAUUAGACUUGAGAUGGGAGUCGCACCUUGGAGCGUCGCGAGGCGUUUUGACUCGAGUAAUCCCCUAGAUCAAAGAGAGACGUGGGAGAAGGGGGGGGGGGAAGAGUGACUUGCAUUCCACACAAGGUGGUGUCAACUGCGCCUGUCCGGCCGGUACGAUCAAAGAGAAUGUGUUUAUCUUUACCCCGAUCAAGGAAAGAUAAGUGGUGGACUCAGUCUAGCCUGGAGAGGAAACGGUGGGGCGGGUGAAGAAAUUGGGGUUAGGACGGGGAAAUAAUUAAAAUAAAAUAAAUAAAUAAUGAAUAAUAAUAAUUAAUGCUGUGAAAAAUUUAGUGACUCUGACAGCGAGCUUUUGACUUGUCACAGCUGGUAUGUUGUAUGGUAUACGAUUUUGGUCUGUUGGCUUGUAUGAGGGUUGUUUGGUGUUCGUGAACUACUCUUUAAUUUUGAAGGAACGUGUUAAACAAAAUAAAUAAAAAUAUAUUAAAACAUGAUAUUAUUUUAGAAAUAUUUUUAUCUACAAAAUUACAAUGUUAUAUUAUAAGUUCUCAUUUAUGCUCGUACAAACACAAAAAGUUUAAAAUAAUCCUCUUUCUAAAAUUAUGCAUGCUUCAUUAAGAAUUUUUUUUUAGUUUUGUAUUGUUUUUGUUUUGUAUUUUUUUUACAUUUAGAUUUUUAACGUACUUAGCAUACCUAGGAAAAUAUACAUUAAUGAAUCUCGCGGAUGUGUGUAUAAUCACAUAUAUAUAUACAUAUAUAUAUAUAUAUUGUAAUAACUGAACAGGCAACUCCACGAGACAAAGACGCUUAUUUACACGGAGACAUGACAAACACAAAGCGGCAUCUGCCUUGCAUAUAGCAUCUCCAUAUUGGGUGGAAAUCGUUUGACUCUUCAUGUCAACAUCCUGUUCUAGUCUGGUUACUAGAGGUGCACAUCUCUGCACUAGCCUGGAUGGUGGUGCGCAUGGAAAAGUCAUACCAAUAUAUUUCAGUUGGAAUAUAAGAACGAAUGAUGGAAAGAAAGUUUGCAAGUUGGCAGUUGCUAACUUGUGAUUUUUUAAAGAAACAUUAAUGUUAGUGUUGAGCGAACCGAUCGAGUUUGUUUUUUUAAUUAUAGUUACUGCAACAACCCGAGAACACAUAGUCCUAGACGACUGAUACAAAAACAUAUGUAAAUGUUGACUAAAUGUUGACUAAUUUAAAAUCUGAAUUAACGAUGUUUGAAUAUCUCAAACAUUAUCACUUCAACUAUAAUUUUGUUUGAUACAAAAACAACUGAUCAAAUAGGAAAAUACAUUAAUGAAAUAGAAAAAGUAAGUCGUAUUACACUACUAUCAUAAUCUGUUCUGCGGAAUAUUUCUUUUAACGAGAUUGUUUUAUUUUUUUUGUAAGAAAUAUUUAGAAUAUAAAUUAUUUAGCAUAAAAUUUUCUUAUUUUUUUAUUUUAAUAUUAUAACUUAUUUCUUUGUCUUACAGAAUGUCGAAAAUAUGUAUAAUUAACGUCACAAAACUACUUCCUAGUAUAGUGAACAAGUGCACAUUUUUUACAUUUUUAUUGUAUAAAAAUAUUUUCAGCACUUAUUUUUUGCUAUUGUCUUAGUUAAACAAAUAGAAUAGAAACUCUGUUUAUAGUAGUAAAAAGGUUCGAACGGUUAAUGCGUUAAGUUUAACUAAUAAUUAUAAAUAUUUAAAAAUAUUUUGCUUGAAAAAAAAUCAGCGUUAAACAGAAACAAAAAAGGUUACGAAGGCAGUUUGUGUGGGAACACAAACUCAAUAUCGGCCCACGAAGUGAUCCACCUAGGCAGGUAAAAGGUUUCAAUAUUUUCAGAAAUAAUAUAAUGAAAUUCUAUCAAAGGCAAAUUAAUGAGAAGAAUGGAGAAAGAAGGUUGACAGAUCUUGUGUGGUGCAUGAACGGUCCAGCGGAACAAAUUUUCUACUAUUGAGGCAUGCACGGCGUUGAAGUUCAAAGUUAUUUGAAAAAACUACGUAUUAAUUUUUGUUUUAAAUUAUGUUCCAUUUGUAUGCAUACAAAAUCUUUUUAUUUCUCUUCAAAAAUAAGAUUAAACAUUUUUAUUUCCAAUGUAGUGGUUAGUAUGACAGAACGUACUUAACUUCGCAAAACAAUAGUAAAAAAAAAAAAACAUUUACAAAAAUCAAAAUAGCCUCUAGUGUUUAUUACUAUUAAUAGUCAAUAGUUGUAAAAAUGGUGUAACUUUAUGAAAAAAAAAUGCUUGCAUAGUUUAUUAAAAAAAAAAUCACUUUAAGAAAAUAAAAAAGUAGCCGUUGCAUCAGAACUUUGAAUAAUCAAAACUAUCAUUAUGUCGAAUUUUUAAUAUCUUUUCAAGUUUACGACAUCUAAACAGGACUGACGGACCGACAGGCAAACCACACAAAACUAAUAGCGUCUAUUCCCCUUUCGGGCUGCUAAAAAGUUGUGAAGUAAAAAUGAAAAUGAAUUUUUCUUUUCACAUCUGUAGUCUUACAGGCCUAUUUUUUAGGGGUGAAAACUAAAGAAUAAAAAUAUGAAAUUACUUUUGUCUUAAUAUUCAAUUAUCACUUUAUGCACAAAAAAUAGUUUCAAUAAACCAAAAAAAAAAUGCAACGUAUUUAAUUAUUUUUAUUAUGUUUAAUAUUGACAAAAUUAGCGAUUGGAAAUCGACUACUAAUCCUAAUGGUUACUUAAAUAAUUUAUUAGUUUUAAAUGAAGUUGAAUAUAUACAUUUAAAACAAAUAUAUUGUCUAUAAAAUACUCCUAAAGGAAUGUGUCUCGGAUAGACUCUGACAACAAAGUCUAGUAUUUAUGCCUGACUGUGUGGCGAAACUUAUAGUGAGCUUGCGCUCCCAGAGCUAUUUUUAUAUGUAUUUUUAUUUUUUUUUUCUUUUAUAGGUUAAAGCUAUUUUUAUGUAUUCUAUUUUUUAUAGGCUAGUGCCAAAUUUAUUAUUUGUACUUUAGCAUAUAGUUAUAUGGGUUAGUUUGUUAGUGUUUGUAAGUAGCAUAGAUCUAGAGGAUUUUAGUUAGUUAUUGGGUUCAGUAGUAGUGGUUAGUGUAGCUAGUUGGUAUUUAAUAACUUAGUUAGUUAGAUAGUUGGGUUGUUAGUGUCGAUUAUGGUAGCAGUGUAGAUCUAGAUUCUAGAGUAGAGAGUUUUUGAUUAGUUGUUUUGGUUUUGUCAAGUUUAGUGUAGAGACAUAUUUUAUUAUUAUUUUUAUUUUAUUUUAUGUAAAUAAAGUAUGUUUUUUUUGUAUUUGUUCUAAAUUAAAGUUUGUUCUUGCUUUCA